AGACCUUGCUGAAUUACAAUCUCACUUUCCAGGAUACAAUAUCACUCUUCAGUGCAAAACCAUCUCCCUGACCGCAGUUAAUAACAGCGUUAGGUACGAAAAUAAAUAUUUCACACGAGAAUCACCCCUCUUGGGUCUCUUCCAUCUUGGACAAAUGGAUGACACCGGAAUCGCGCACCGACCGGGAUUUCUCGGACGGCCUUUCAUCGUUGGGAACGCUGCACGGGCCCUCAGCCCCCAACGACAACCGCCCGAAGUGGUGUUGGUAUCCACCUCGACCUCCCUUAAUUCAAGUUCAGCAGGCCUGGCCCCGGCGUCACCGGCUUCACCAGAGCUCGCGUCAUGCAAAUGGGGCCCUGCACCCGGACUCUCGUCCCCAAUGCCCCAAGGCUGCUCACGAGGCAGAUGCCUUGGGGUUGGUUAACAAGGGUGCGCGGUUAGCGCCCCUGGGCAAGUUCUCGACCCACCGUGUUUUGAAUGCGCCUCAGCUCUUGCUGCGCAGGGGCUUGGGCCUAGGCUCGGCAACAACGGAACAUAUGGGCAGCAGCAACAACUGUGGCAACCUUGCCACCCGAAAACUUUCAGCAGACCCCGCAGUUGAACCGGGAAGUCUCGGCAACCUGCCAACAACUUCCUCUACCAUGCGCCGCACGGUCUGCCCUGUGGAAUCAGCUCUCAUAAGGAUAGCGCCAACAGCAGCCGCCGCACUGUCCGCCAUCACAUCAACUGAUACUGAUUAUUAUGCAUCGACAAGCCAGUCUGCGCCAAAUGUUUGCGCCGCUGCUCCGGACCCCGGCCCCUACGGCUCUCUGUCGGAGCUCGUCCUCCGCCUCCAUCCCCAUCUCGAUCGCUGUCUAGAUCCUUCCACAGCCUCCUAUGGCGGCAACAGUGGCCCACAGGCCCAUCACCCGGGCGCAUCCUUCCCCACUCAGCUGCAAACCAUCCACCUACCGUGCCGCCUGCGCUUUGGCGCUGCCGCCGGCUAUGGCUCCACCGUUGGCCAAACCAGCGAAGAUGCAAGGUUUUCAGGGGCAGAAGCCGGGACGGUGGCGGGUUUCGGCUGUCUGUCUGCCAUGCCCGCCCUCACGUCCCUCAGUGCGUCCAUGAUGUCUGUGCUGGAUCUCGCGGCAGCUCGUUCUGCUGCACGUGCUGAAAUGCGUGCACGGCUAAAUCCGCCUCUGGAAGCGGUGGCAGAGGCGGCUGCUCCUCCUGGCGGAGGCGCGCAAGAGCGGUCGCGAGCGGACGACGCCGCCAGCGUCGAAGCCCGGUCGGCGGCGGCAGCGGCGGCGGCGCGUAUGUCCCGUCGGGCCGCGUGGCUGGCGGCACAGCACGACAUUCGCUUGCAGCAAGUUCGUCAGGCGCAGCUGGCGUGGCUGACGGAGGCGCGUCUGGACGAGCAACUCGUCGCUGCUGUUCGGCAGCUGCCUUCCCUGGCGCCGCGCCUGACACAGCUGACGCUGACCGAUUUACAAUUUGUCGCGGCGACCUUCAAUGCUGUGGCGGCCUGUACGGCACUCACUCGCCUGGUGCUGUCGGCGCGGUCCAGCGGUGCAAGUGGCGGCGGUGGUGGCCCUGCUGCCACUACCGCAAUGCUGACACGAGCCGCCGGUGGCGGUCCCACGGCUGCGGGCACUACCCCCAGGCCAGGCGAAUUACUCCCACAGCACUUGGCCGCACUUGUGCGUGGCCUGCCUCGCCUGCAGCAUUUGGAUAUCCACGCAACCGCCUUCUCCUCUGCCGUCGAGUUUGGGAUCCUAUCGGCGUUGACGGGCCUGACGAACCUGCGACUCAACCAGGCGGCGUUGUACGACAUCACGUACGGCAAUCGCUUUGAGCGGCUUCCGUCGGACUACCUGCCAGUGGCGCUCCUGGGGCCUCUACAGGGCAUUGAGCGCCUGUCGGAAUUGCCACAGCUGCACUCCUUGGCGCUAACAGGUUUGGACUGUCCACCCCGUGCGCUGCUGGAGGCGCUACCUCCCGGCGGGGGCCCCCUGCGGCGGCUGGCGCUACGCAAGCUGUACCGGCUGACCUCCGAGCACCUGACGGCACUGGGAGCCCUGACGAGGCUCACGGAGCUGCAACUCUCAGCGGAUUGGUGCUUGCAUCCCGGCAGCGACACCCCACCACCCCUGGAGUUGUUCGAUUUGGCUGAUGACCUCCUGGACGGACCCAUGCUGAUGGAGAUUGGGGAGGAGCUACUGGUGGAACAUCCCCCCGGCCCCGGGCAAGGGGGUCCGGGCGGGGUAUUGGGGGUUGGGGCUGGGGCCCAGCCGCCGGGUGGGGCGGCGGGCGGUGCCGCAGCUGGUGGUGGCGGUGGAGGCGGAGAAGGAGAUGGGGGCGCGGAUGGGGACCCGGCGCUUGCUGGCGCCGCUGCUGGCGAUGCUGCAGGAGCCUCCUGCAGUAGGGCUGACGGGGGGGCUCCCAGCUGCUCCAGUAGCAGAGGCGGUGCAGAGGCAGUGCUGGUCGCUGAGGGAGCCCGGCUGAAGCGGAAGCAGCGAUCCAUGUUUGAACACGAAGUUGGGACUGAAGUAGGCGGGGAACCUAGACAGGAAGCAGCAGGGGGGCCGCAGCCCAUGGAGGUUGAUGGUGAGCCGCAAGUGGUGCAGUCAGUGCUGCCAAUGCAGCAGCAGCAGGGUGAGGAGCAGCAGGGCAGGGGGCAGCAGGGUGAGGAGCAGCAGGGUGGGGGGCCUGCAGGGGCUGCUGGACUGGCCGCACCUCCGGGUGGCCCUCCUGUGGCAAUGGCGGUACAAGACCAGGACCAAGAAGGACAGCAACAACAGCAGGGGCAGCAGGCACUGGGGCAGGAGCAAGAGCAGCAACAGCAGGGGCAGCAGGCACUGGGGCAGGAGCAAGAGCAGCAACAGCAGGGGCAGCAGGCACAGCAGCAGCAGCAGGCACUUGCCAACGCCGGGAUAGCUGCCGAUGCGGGUCAGGGAUGGGUGCUGAUACCUGGUGGCGGCAUCAUCGCUCAGCUGCCCUUUGUCUUUGGCGGCAUGGGAGGCGGCGGCGGCGGGGGGGUUGCUGUUGUUGGGGGUGGAGGAGGCGGCGCUGGUGUGGCGGAGCGGGGUCGAGGUCCUCGAGUGGAUGAGCGUCUGGCUCCGUUGAGGCGGUUGCAGAACCUGCAGGUCCUGCACCUGGGUAUUGGUCGCAUAUUCGGAGUCGUUAACCUGGGCCCUCGCUUCCUGGAGCACCUGUCCGCUCUCACCUCCCUCACCACCAUCAGUCUCCGGUGCACCACCGUGGAUUGGGGCUUGCUGGGGGCGCUGGCACCCCUGCCCCGCCUAUCACACCUCUCCAUGCACUACUACGACGGAAGAGGAAACAACGGGAAAAAGAUUGCCGCGGACUUGAUGUCGUGGCGCAACUUGUCCGCAGUGACCACCCUCAACCUGGGAGCCUUUGAGGCCCGACAGGACGCGGAUAUCAUCACCCAGGCGCUGCCUCGCAGCCGUCUGGCCGCUGCCAGUGUGUUUGGGGUGCGGGGAUGUCGACCCGGGUACGACGUGUUUGCGGCGCUGGCGGAGACCACCAGCCUCACCAGCCUGUCUGUGCAGGGGGAUUGGAUGGUGCCGCGUCCUGCGCGAGGCGCGACGGCAACAGCAGCAUCGGCAGCGGGUGCGGGCGCGGGUGCGCCUCCACCACAGACCCUUUCCGAGCUCCGUCGGCUGCCCCUGCUCCGCAGCCUGACACUGGACCCCGCCGGUAGUGACAACUUCUUCACUGAGACGGGUGUGCCCGUACCUGGCCUCCACGAUGUGCUGUGGAUUAUGGCAGGAAUUGGUCAGCAGGGCCCUGGGGCCGCUGGCGGAGGUGACGCAGCGGCGGCGCCGCCGCCCCCGCUGUUGCCGGCGUUGCCAGUACCGCCGGUGCUCCCGCAGCUGGGGAUGCCAUUGCAGCUGGAGGAGAUACCGUCACAGGAAUUACCGGCGCUGGAUCAGGCGCAGCCCGGACCACCGCCGCCGCCACCACCGCCGCCGCCGCGUGAUGACAAUGAAGCCACGGCGUCUUUCAGUGUAGCGCCUGAAGCUGAUCAACCCCUGCAGGGAGGUCAGCCUCCGAAUCUACGUGAGCAGCACCCGCAACAGCCGUCGGGCGCUGAAGGGGGCCCGUCGUCGGGCCAUGCUACAGGGGUAGCAGUGGCGCCAGCAGAUGCAGCAGCAGCACCAUCACAUCCGGCAGCGGCUGCCGUGGUGGUGGAUGAUCAGGCUGCAGCCAAACCUGCGCCCCUUCCCGGUGCGCCCCUGUUCCGGGAGGUACGUGUUCGCUUUGAGGCAACUGAUAGCGACGACGAGGUCGAGGAGGAUGUAAAGGGCAGAACCCCUGCAGCGGUGGCGGCGGCGCCGCCCCCUGCCGCCGAUGAAGGGGAGGCGGCGCCGGGCCCCUCCCGCCCAUCCGGCAGGAAAGCACAGAGGGCGGCAAACGCGACGGCUGCGGCAGCGCGUAGGAGGAAAGACGGAUCUGCGGCUGCGGCUGCUGCGGUGGGCGUGGCGGCGGCUUGCGGUUCAGCUGCUAUGGCUGGUGCUGCCGGCACGAGCAGGGUAUCCGCCGCAGCCACAGGCAUGGACACCGGUGGCAGCGCCGUAAUGAACCCCAUCCCCGAAUCGUCUCCGCCGCGCUUCUCAGCCGACGAUGACUAUUAUUCAGGAUUAGACGAUAGCUCGGAUCCGGAGUCCAGAGUCGGGUACAUAAAGAUCGGUUCUGGAUCCAGGACCAAACCCAAAUCCGCCGCUUCAUCGGAACGCCCACGCUCGCCCUCACCUACUUCCCGCGCCACUGCCGCGGCCCCGAACCCGGCGCCGGCACCAGGCACUGCGGGCUCGCCACCGGAGCUGCCGGCGGCGGGUCGCUGGCUGCUGCAGAUUUCAGUGCUGACCCAGCUGACGAAUUUGCGAUUGGAGCGUUGGUCAGUGGUGCCGCCGCCGGCUCUGGCCCCGCUGACGGGCCUGCGGCGGGUGCAGCUGACGGGCCUGCGGGCGCUGGAGGAGCGGCUGCUGAAGGUGCUUUCCGGGCUGCCCGCCCUCACGUACAUGACACUGGAGGGCCGUGCGGCAGCGCACACGGGCAGCAGCGUGUACGGCACCCUGUCGCGCGUGCCGUACAUUCCGGACCCAUCGGUCCAAGCCCUUGGCGCGCUGACCCAGCUGCGCCUGCUCGUCCUGUCGGGCUUUUCGCUCCUGCAGCCCGAGCAAGCCCUAGUGCAGUCCCAGCAGCAGCCGCAGGCCGCCUUGACACCCCGCCCUGCUACUCGCGGCGUCACUGCCGGACAGGCGACUGCUUCCGCGACCGCCGGGGCCGGCCGUACAGCUCAGGCGAUGGAUGUGGACACCGGGGCGGCCGCGUCGGGGGCAGCGGCGCCUCACGAGGGUGGCGUACCGACGCCCCAACGGCGGCGGGCCCGUUACACCGCGUACGGCAGCAGUGUCGUGUACGGCAGUGGGGCCGGUGACCGCCGUGGGGAGGCGGAGUUACAGCGCCUGGUAUCUUCUCUAGGUCGGCUAUCCGCGCUACGUUAUCUGAGCUUGUGCGUUGCGGAAUGCAUCAAGGACCUGCAGCUGGGAGAGUUAGUGGUGAAGGGCUGGGGAGGGGAGGAGGAAGUAGCGGUGAUGUCGGCGAGACAGUGUCCAGAGGCCGACCUGGAGGAGGAGGAGGCGGAGGGGCUGCUGGAGCACCCAGCGGCGGCGGCGGCGGCGCAGGAGAUGCGUCGACGUCCGGCCGGAAUAAUGCUGACGGCAGCGGCGGCAGUGGCGGCGCUGCUACUACCGCUACUCGCGAGUGUGCUGUAA